AUGCCGCCUCCAGGAUCCCCUUCUGUUGGCAAACUAGGGAAAUGGAUCUGGUCGAGCACGAAACGUGUGUUGGUAGAAGAGGUGCAUAGGAAGUAUGCGACUAGUGUUGGCCUAGUAUUAAUCCCCUCCUCUGCGUUGGCAUACGUUAGCUGUUUAAUUAAGGAGAAGAACGAUUGGGAUGAGCGCAUUCGUAGAGGAAAAGAGGAGCUUCAGUCGGCAAAAGACCGUUAUUUACGAGACCUAGAACCUGUGAAUGCAGAGCUGAUGAAGCGGGCUUCACAAGCCUUGGACAAGUGA